AUGUCCGACCAGGGUCCCCAAUCUAACCUUCCUCUUCUUCCUGGAUACAGCUUCUCCACUACGUUGGGCAAGGAAAAAUUCUACAAGUCUCAUCACUUCGAUGUUCGACACGGCGAUCCCAUGUGGGUUGGCGACAAGAAACCCGGCAUCGGUGGUGUCCCAAUCAACAAUCCUCUCUUCUCCACAAAGCUGGACGAGUGUCACAAGGAAAGCUUUUAA